ACCGCUCCGACCCUAACCGCAGUUGUGUGACCGCACUUGGCGGGCGAGCACGAACAGAGCACAGACAAGACAGCCCAGACAAUAGACACGAAUACCGUCGGAAAGCAGUAAGAUUUUUGUGGAUUGGCAGCAGGCCCUAAAUAGUUACAGUAAUUUACAAGGUGACAAACGCAGUGCCGCGACAGUCCGACAGCCCGAUAAGGCGGGCAAGUGUCUCUAAUAAUUGAAUCGAAUCUGAACCAUGUGGAGGUGUUAUACUAGUGUUGCACUGGGCUUUGCCCUGAUCUUGGCCUAUGCGUCGACUGGGCUGGCUCAAGACUUUGGAUAUGGGGGGCGGCAUGGUCCCGAGCACUGGAGCGAGGACUACAACCGCUGCAGUGGCAAGCAGCAGAGCCCCAUCAACAUUGAUUUGGUCAACGUUGAGGACAAAGAGUAUGCCCAUCUGGAGUUUUUCAACACCUUGGUGUCGCCGAAGUCCAUGCACAUGACGAACAACGGCCACACGGUGCUGGUAAGGAUGAGCUUUGAGGAUGGCAAGGUGCCGCAAGUCCGAGGCGGGCCACUGGCCGAGCAGUCGCCUUUUACCGGCUAUCAGUUCGAGCAGUUCCACUUCCACUGGGGCGAGAACGACACGGUGGGCAGUGAGGAUCUGAUCAAUAACCACGCCUAUCCCGCCGAACUGCAUGUGGUGCUGCGUAGUCUGGAGUAUCCGGACUUUGAAAGCGCCCUCGGCAAGGAUCACGGAAUUGCCGUCAUGGCAUUCUUCUUUCAGGUCAAAAGAGAGGGCACUGAGAGCUACGAGGAGUUCACACAGCAACUAGCCAAUAUCAAUAGAAAGGGCAUGUCGAUUAACAUAACAAACCCAAUGCCCCUGCAGAAGUACCUUUCGUGGGACCUUUUGAACUACUAUAGCUACGUGGGCUCGCUGACAACUCCGCCGUGCAGCGAGGAUGUCAUCUGGAUUGACUUCAUCGAGCCGAUCGAUAUUACUGAGAAGCAGCUCAACGCGUUCCGGGAGCUGACGGCCAACGAUGAGCACUUGAACAACAAUUUCCGACCCAUCCAACCACUCAACGAUCGCAGGGUGUACAGGAGCGUACUUGCGCCGAUGCCAGAAUUCAACCAGAGCGCGAUUCCCUUUGUGGACGCGGAAAAUACGGGCGACAAGAGGUGGCCGUAUUCCCCGGCAGUCCUACUAAGUUGCUGUGGCCUUGUGGCGCUGCUUAAGGCCUCAGCUUUCAGUGGCUUUUAAUUGGAGCGCUGCUGCGGGGAAACGUGGGGUGUUUUUUUUGUUGUUAAAUACAUUGCACGCGCCUAGGCUCUAAUUAAGCGCCGUAAUUUACAUGUCCUGCUCGCUGCUCUGUUUGCUCUUCAAACAGGCCAACCACUAAUUUGCUCGAGCAGCUGCCUGCCGGGCAGGUCAAGCCAUCGCAGCCAACCUAUUGUAUUUAUCAGUGGACGAAAAAGCAGACGAACAAACGGACAGACAAACAAUUAAACCAAAAUGAACAGAAGCUUUGGCUCGCACGAUAUCCAUCCAUGAUUUAUUCAGCACUCGUCACAGGGGACGGGGACUGUAAAUUGGAUCCGUGCAUAGCGGGCCUUCAAUACAUAAUGCUGUUAUUAAUAUGGUAUUGCACAUGUGAUUUUAAACGCUUUAUAUUCGUGUACACUUAAGCUUUUAACUUUGUAAACGUUAACCAAUAAUUAAAUGUCUUUUUUUAUUUAA